GAAUGCUGUCGGGCAAAGAGAUGGAGAGGAAACGUCUCUUUUGGGCGCCUGCUCAAGAUCACUCUCUUUGUUGCCUCUUAACUCACUUUGAAGGCUCUUCUCCUGUACAGGAAGGAGCUGGUUUCUUUCCCUCCCACCUCCCCGCCUGCAAAAUCUGACAUUAUUAAGUUGUGAUUGCUCUUUUCUGCAUCGCGCGAGACGGAAAGAGAGGGGAUGGCGGUGGCUCUUCUUCUAGGUUAAUUGCUCCGAAAGGAAAAACAAAAAGGAAGAAUGAUAACUGAUGGUGAAGACCUCUCAGAGGCUUUCUGACUUCCUCUCCCCAUGUGAAGUAUGCUGAGAACCUUUCCAGUGCUUCUGCUGGAAACCAUGUUUCACUACACCGACGAGCCCAGAUUCACCAUAGAGCAGAUAGACCUGCUUCAACGCCUGAGGCGCACCGGGAUGACGCGGCACGAGAUCCUCCACGCCUUGGAGACCUUUGAUCGCCUCGACCAGGAGCACAGCGACAAGUUUGGGCGGCGGUCCACCUACGGGGGCGGGGCCGGAUCCUGCAGCAACAGCACCAACAACGUCCCGGCGUCUUCCUCCACGGCCACAGCUUCCACGCAGACCCAGCACUCUGGGAUGUCCCCUUCACCGAGCAACAGCUACGACACCUCCCCGCAGCCUUGCACGACCAAUCAGAACGGGAGGGAGAGUAGCGAGCGGUUGACAGCCUUCAACGGGAAGAUGUCACCCACGCGCUACCCGUUGGCAAACAGCAUGGCCCAACGGUCGUACAGCUUUGAGGCCUCCGAGGAGGACCUGGACGUCGAUGACAAAGUGGAGGAGUUGAUGAGGAGGGACAGCAGCGUGAUAAAAGAGGAAAUCAAAGCCUUCCUGGCCAACCGGAGGAUUUCUCAAGCCGUUGUUGCACAGGUAACAGGGAUCAGUCAGAGUCGGAUCUCCCAUUGGUUGUUGCAACAGGGAUCGGACCUGAGCGAACAAAAGAAAAGGGCCUUUUACCGAUGGUACCAGCUUGAGAAGACAAACCCCGGGGCGACAUUAAGCAUGAGGCCGGCCCCCAUCCCAGUGGAGGAACCAGAAUGGAGGCAGACGCCUCCCCCAGUCACAGCUACCUCGGGGACCUUCCGCUUACGGCGGGGCAGCCGGUUCACCUGGAGAAAGGAGUGCCUGGCCGUCAUGGAAAGCUAUUUCAAUGAGAAUCAAUACCCUGAUGAGGCCAAGAGGGAAGAAAUUGCAAAUGCCUGUAAUGCAGUGAUACAAAAGCCAGGGAAGAAGCUGUCAGACUUGGAGCGGGUAACCUCCCUCAAAGUGUACAACUGGUUUGCCAACAGGAGGAAGGAGAUCAAGCGGCGAGCCAAUAUCGAAGCAGCAAUCCUGGAGAGUCAUGGGAUAGAUGUACAAAGUCCUGGAGGCCAUUCCAACAGUGACGACGUUGACGGAAAUGACUAUUCAGAACAGGACACUUGGCAAGUACGCAAUGGGGAGGAGGAGGGACGAUGUACAGAGGGAGGCAGAGAAGCAGAGAAGUUAGAAGAAGACAGGAGGAUCAGCUCAAAACAAGAUGACAGUACUAGCCACAGCGACCACCAAGACCCUAUCUCACUAGCCGUGGAGAUGGCAGCGGUCAACCACACCAUCCUGGCAUUGGCCCGGCAAGGAACCGGCGAGAUCAAAACAGAGGCCCUAGACGACGACUGAUGAAGCGACGGAGGGGGAGGGCUCCGAACCGGAAAAAAAAACAAAACGGAAAAAAAGUAACUUAGUUUUAGACGUAGCACCUUAGCAGCCUUUUUUCCUGGUCCCUAAAUAUGUGUUCUUCUUAACAGUAUAACUUUGCAGUCUCUUGUACGUCAAGUUAGCCGUUUAGGGUCUCGUCCUGUGGAGAUGGCAUUGUGCCCUCUUGAGUCUGCGUAUAAACUCCCAGUAUUAACUUAACUCCCAGUCCAAUACGUAACCAAACUGACUGACCUCCCUCUCCUGGUGUCCGCCUGCUCCUUCCCUUCUCCUGGCUAGUUGAAAACCUUUGCUGCUCUGUCUUAUAGCAUUCCAUGACCGUGCUUCCGGGUAUGUGAGGGAGCCCUCAAUUCCCUUAGCCUUAGGCUAAAUGUGUGUACAGAAUACCGCCGAUGCCACCACCACCGCCACCUUCGAUUUUCUCUUCUCCCCCUUUUCCAAGACUUGAAAGAAAGACCAACUGGGGUUAUGUGGUUCCAAGAGCAAUGGCUGCCAUAUUGGGAGUGCGUGGCUGAACAUGGGCAAAUGGUUGAGCUGUUAGCUGUUUCAGCAUCGGGUCAACAGUCAACAAUAAGCUAUGCUUUUCUUGUCCAUGACUCAUGGUUAUUUAUGUCUUUCUUUGCUUGUGGUGCUGUGUUCAGAAUGUCCCAGGCCCCUUCUACACUGCCACAUAAAACCCAGAUUAUCUGCUUUGAAUUGGAUUAUAUGGCAGUGUAGACUCAUAUAAUCCCAUUCAAAGCAGAUAAUAUGGAUUAUCUGCUUUGAUAAUCUGGGUUAUAUGGCAGUGUAGAUGGGGCCCCAGAUGGUCGGGAACAAGGGGAAAGUGCCUCCCAACUCAAUUUGGUUGGUGCUCACUGCUCAGAGCCUUUCUGUUUUCAUUGCAAACUGUUUUCUAUGUUUGAACAAGUAAGUCUCCUGUGUAAACCCAAAGUUCCCAUUCACUGUGGAAAGUGCUCACUGUAUCUAUGAAAGAGUUCCAGGUAGGACCUUUUGUUGGGCCACCACUGAGGUAGCGGGUGGGGAAGGGGUGCUUCCAUAUUAAGCUGUGUUUGGUGUGUUCACAUGAAAUGUCUAUCCAUACAUAAGCCCUAAAAAGGUCAGUAAGGCCUACUCCCAGGCAAGCAUGCAUAGGUUUGCACUUUCAGCCCUCCCAAGGACAUCUACCAGAUACCCAUCUUAGGUAUAUCUAGUGCCUCAUUCAGAUGUUGGCGGAGAGGCCUCCUAUAGAUGUUAGGAGGGAUGUCUCACAUCCUCAUUUCCUUUGGGGUGGGUAGAUCCAACAUGAGGUGCAACUCCACUUGCCCUUCAAUCUCAGUGAUUAGAAGUUGGGAAGACUCUGCUGGAAGCCCUUGUUCCCUUUUAUGUCCCCUUUCCUCCAUUUAAGGACCAUCAUGUUCUGAAGGAAAGUCCAGUCACCAUCUCCCAUCAUCUCCCCACUGCCCCACUUCUUGGAAACAUGUGUUUUCUCAGCACCAAUCCUCAUGAGUUCUGGUAUGCCCAUCAGAGCGUGCAACAACAGCUGUGUCUUUUCUGUAUAGCUAGUUCAUCCAUGGGUUGUUCUUUCUCAUGAGAACAUGGGAUGUCUAUUCUGUCUGUCUCUAUUUUCCAUAUUGUUCAGAUUCCAGAAAGUAGCACCAGGCUGGGCAGGUUGUAAAUAAUCACUGGAAGCCAUAUUUAAGAAGGAGAUUGGACGUUACCUCAGUGUUCAUUUGUUCCCACAAUGGAAGGCUGGUUACCUUUUCCUUUCUUUUGUGUUGUUGUUAUUGUUGGCCCCACCCUACCGGUUGGACUGAAACAUUUAAAAAACACAGCAGUACAUCCCUAAUGUUAUGUGAAGCAAAUCUAUUUCUAAAUAGCAUAAGUGAAUCACUUAUAUUUUUUGUGUUGAUCUUAAUCAUAUAAUGUAGCACUUUGGUUACCUUACCCCGCCCUUUUAAAUGAAAAAAUCUAUAUAUUUAUAUCUCAUAAUUUUUUGGGUUUUUUUUACAAAAAAUAAUAAUUGGAUAAGUCCAAAUAAAAUACUGUAAACUCA